AUGUACAUUUUCACAUUUCUUUGUUUAAAUUUAUAUGGUAUAAAGACUGGUAACAGUGCAAAGAUUUACGUUUCUACUUCGGAUAAUAGGUUGAUACUUUUAGGGUCCUUCGCCAAUUUUAGUUGGAAUUUGAAACCCGUUGGUUGGGUAAAGCUUGGAAGCUGUUGGGUGGAGCUUGGAAAUCGUUGGGUGGAGCUUGGAAAUCGUUGGGUGGAGCUUGGAAGCCGUUGG